UUUUGGGUAUUUUUGGUGCGGUUUUCGCGAAGUAUAGUUUGUCACUAGGUUUGGUUCGAGGCUCCGGUGAUCCGGCAAUGAACUCCGGCCAAGCGCCGCCGCCGCCGUCUACACGGCAGUUCAAACUGGAGAAGGAGAGCGAGCUGAGGGUGGAGGUCGGUCCAGAUGGCCCGCUUCGUAUUCGGCUUCUCACCGGCACUGCUGAGAUCUUCGGUGCCGAGCUUCCUCCUGAGAACUGGCUCACCAUUCCCCCUCGCCUCAAGUUUGCUAUUUUCACGUGGAAUGGAGCGACGAUCGAAGUCGAUGGGAAUAGUGAUGUUUAUGUGGCUGACGAGACCCCAAUGGUAAGCUAUGUGAAUGUUCAUGCUAUUCUACAUGGGAGAAGGGCUCGCGCUAGAGCGGCGCCAAAUGAUGAUUUGGAUUCUUCGCAGGGUCCCAGGGUUAUCAUCGUUGGACCUAUCGAUUCUGGUAAAAGUAGCUUGUGCAAAAUGCUACUUAGCUGGGCUUGCAAGCAGGGCUGGAAACCUACUUUUGUUGAUUUAGAUAUUGGCCAAGGAUCUAUCUCUAUUCCUGGAUGUAUUGCUGCUACUCCUGUUGAAAUGCCAAUAGAUAUUGUGGAAGGGAUUCCUUUAGAAAUGCCAAUUGUGUAUUUCUAUGGGCACGCAAGUCCUAGUGUCAAUGCAGAGUUAUACAAAGUUCUUGUCAAGGAAUUGUCUCGGACACUUGAAAGACAGUUUACUGGCAAUGCUGAAUCAAGAGCCGCUGGCAUGGUGAUCAACACCAUGGGGUGGGUUGAAGGUGUUGGCUAUGAGUUGCUUCUCCAUUCAAUCGACACCUUCAAUGCCAAUGUGGUUCUGGUCUUGGGACAGGAGAAACUUUGGAGCAUGCUGAAAGCUGUACUUAAGAACAAGCCUAAUGUGGAUGUUGUAAAACUUCACAAGUCCGGUGGUGUUGUAACGAGGAAUGUUAAGGUCCGUCAGAAAUCUAGAAGCUCUGCAAUUAGGGAAUACUUCUAUGGGAUUACAAAUGAUCAAUCUCCGCAUUCAAACAUAGUAAAUUUCAGCGACAUAUCAGUCUAUCGAAUUGGUGGCGGUCCACAAGCUCCUCGUUCAGCACUCCCUAUUGGUGCAGAGCCUAUUGCCGAUCCUACACGGCUCGUCUCUGUCAACAUAAACCGUGACUUACUCCAUUUGGUUUUAGCUGUUUCAUAUGCCAAGGAACCCGACCAAAUAAUCUCCAGUAAUGUUGCAGGGUUCAUCUUUAUCACUGACAUCGACAUCCAAAGGAAGAAGCUCACUUAUCUCGCACCCUGCGGCGGUGAUCUCCCGAGCAAGCUACUUAUUGUCGGAACAUUGACAUGGUUAGAGAACUAGAUGAGCAGAAGAACUUCUGAUUCUAUGCAGAAUGUUGGACAAAUCUAUGUGUACUAGUUUUGUUACUAAUUAUAAAAAAAAUCCUAUUUUUAUACAUAUCAUUGUUUUGUCA